AUGAAGACCUUUUCCCUCACCAGCAUCCUUCUCCUCUCCCCUCUCUUGAUCCACGCCGCCCCCACGGGCCAGGGACAGCUGUGGACCCGUGAUUCGACGCAAAUCACCAGCGAGCAGAUCCAAACCAUUGCCCCUACCUCCAACACCUGCGCCAACGCCCCGGCCGCCGGCGAGUGUGCCACCUCCGACACCGCCGCCUCCAGCAUCUCUAAAUCCUUCCAAACCUACGGGGUGACCAAUAAAGCCGAGCAGGCCGCGGUGAUCGGCUUGAUGGCCUUCGAAAGUGGGGAUUUCAAGUACAACAAGAAUCAUUUCCCGGGUGUUGCGGGCCAGGGCACUCGGAACAUGCAAUCCUCCGCCUUCAAUGCCAAAUACGCGGCGUCGAUCCCCGCCCUCGCCGACUCGCUGAAGGCCGUCAACGGGGAUCCGACAGGGACGUUGGAUCUGCUGCGCGCGGUCCCGGAGUAUGACUUUGGCUCCGGGGCGUGGUUCCUGACCACGCAGUGUACUGCCAGUGUGCGCGGCCAGUUGCAGCAGGGGACCCAGGCGGGCUGGGAGGCUUUCAUUACUGGCUGCGUUGGGACGGCUGCGAAUGAUGAUCGAAAGGCUUAUUGGAGUCGGGCUGUUGAGGCUCUGGGGGUCUGA